AUGACUGUUCUUCAAACUCAGUCCGAAUUCGGGCAUGCACCGCCACCGCAGACUCCCUAUAGUGUUAUCACAAAUCUUCCUGGGUGGGACGUUGCUAGGGCUAUUCGUGAUGGCGAUCCAACUCCUAUGAAGAGGAUAGUUCACAUUUACCCUCGCUUUUUACCUACACACCAUGCUACCCAGCUGGGCCAUGAGAUUGCAAAACAUGUCGGCCAUGGCGACAAGGCUGCUCUGGUCUAUCUUGACCCGGCGAUAUGGCCAUACACUCUUCACCAUAUCACCCACGAGAAUCGCGGUGAGAGACGUAUAGACCCAAAAGACGUGACUCUUAAGUGUGUCGAGAUAUAUGGUCAUCGGCUAUACGUCGUUCUCGUCAGUCCCAUGGCUAUGCCCGUCAUGAUGCUCACUUGGCAGAAUCCUGGUCUAGGGAUUUCUCUUCGCGGAGCCGACCAUCUUCUCAAGGGCAUAGAUACUAUCAAGGACAUACCCUUUGAAGCUGGUGCAGAAACUCUGCCCUUACCAAGUGGGACUCCUGAGAGCCAAGUUCAUGGUGCUCUUCGAGAGAGAAUCGUUGAGCUUCUCCAUCGUUCCCCGAUAGAUAAUGUGAAGUGCACACCAAGAGAUGUUUUCCUGUACCCAACAGGGAUGGCAGCUAUCUUCCACUCAAGCACUCUCUUGACAAAACAUCGUCCCGGCACUAUCGUCUUGUUGGGUGUCGUUUUUCAUAAUACUUAUCACCAUCUCAUCGAGGAAUGUCCACAGGGGAUGAAACACUUCGGAAGAACUGACUCAGAGGGGCUUUCCGUCUUUGAAGAGUGGUUGAAAAAGGAGAACGAAGAGGGUCGGUCUCCGAGUUAUGUCUUUGUUGAAGUACCUGGAAACCCUACGUUGGAGACCCCUGAUAUGGGUCAUCUGAAGAAACUCUCAGAAGAAUACGGCCUCAUCCUCAUCAUCGACGAUACAAUCGGUGGAUUUGCCAACAUAGAUGUCCUCUCCCACGCAGACAUUCUCUUGACUUCUCUCACAAAGUCCUUCAGCGGUUAUGCCAACGUCAUGGGCGGUUCAAUCGUUCUCAACCCCCUAUCGUCUCACUAUCAAGCUCUCUGGUCUCUCUUUAAAGAGUCUCGCCACAACGAACUCUUCGUAUCAGACGCAGAAGUUUUACUAUCCAAUUCGAUGGACUUUCUUGAGCGAACACAUAUUCUUAACCGAAAUGCCCUCGCUAUCGCAAACUUUCUGCAUGGUGCUAUUUCUUUUCCCAGCUCUCCUAUUGCCAAUGUGCAGUAUCCAAGCCUCUUGACUAGCAAGACAAACUACGACGAGGUUAUGCGCCAACCGACGCCAGAGCUUCCACAGCCAGGAUACGGAUGUCUUCUGACGGUCGAGUUCUGUAACGUGGAAAGUGCUACAGCUUUCUAUAACAAAGCCGGCUUCUAUCCAAGUCCUCACCUUGGCGGCCAUGUGACAAUCAUGUUUCCGUAUAAUAUGGUCGUCUUCGGCAAGAAACCUGAAGAGAAAGCAUAUAUGGAGGACUUUGGUGUCAGAGAGGCGAGUGUGCGCAUCUCAGCUGGUUUAGAGAGUGAAGAGGAUCUGAUCGACACUUUAAGAGACGCUCUCCAAGCUGCAACAGAGGCCAACAAAUGUUUUGUGAAGGGAGUGGCAAACGGCUGCUAA